AUGCCCAAGUCCUACGAUCAGCACUUGAUGGAGAAGAAGUGCAUCUUGCUCAUCAAGUGCUGCGACACCAGCCUCUUCGAUAUGGAGCACGUCUACAUCACUUGCGUCUCCGAGAACAAAGACCCAGGCGGCCCCUGGUGGGAGCUUCGCUGCAUCAACAAAGACCGCCGCCACAUCGUCAUCAAGAAGGGCCCCAGCGCCCCCGGCCGCACACGUUUCCAGGCGUUGAGGCCUCUCUAUGAGCAGCUGCUCGAGAUGCUCCGGUAG